CAAUAGCCCGGGAAGACAGGCACGCGUCUACACCUUGGCUGAUGCUUGCCCCAAAUCCCGCCGAGAAGGGACGGUACGUGAUGAGGGCAAGGUGAGCCGCCGAGGAAGGACGCGCAUCAGCUCGCCUCCCAGAGGGAAUCCUGCCUGCAAUUGUAUUAUCGUCCUACGCCGAAAACGUGUGGUGUAGCGGCGGUAGCGCCUGCGCGCGCCUCUGACGUAGGCGCGGCCCAUAUCCUGACCAAAUCCUGACAGAGAACCAGCACGCGUCGGCCCACUUAGAACCCGCGUAGCACCUCCGCAGAGCCCGCCCGAACGGGACGCGUAUGCAGACCUGCCUUUUCCGCGCUGCUUCUCGCCGAAGCUCCUUGCGACCUAGCGCGUGUGGCGCGAAUCCUGCGUGGGCGCACAAGUGCGCAGUUUCGGGAGCGAGAAUCCUUCUGCAGCAUACGGUCUGUGCCACUCGGGUCGCAUCUUCAAUGGGAGGCCGGAGCAUGCCUUCGAUACGACUUCGGUGCACCCUGUUCGACCAUCAUAUACCAAACCACCGCCUCUAUUCACCAGCAUCAGCCUCUAUUCAUCAAGCUCGGUCUCUUCGCACCUCCGUGUUCGCAUUCGGAUUGUACUUUCGGGACGGGACUCCGGCGGCGCUUCCCGGGUGUAUGUCUUCCUCUAUUCAAGUGAUGUUCCGCCGCACACUGGAGUGGUCGAAUAGAGUUUGGUAUGGUCGAAUGAGGAGGGCCGGAUCGAAAAGAACGAGUGAGAAUUGAGCAGGAGUGGACGGCAACUGAAUGAGCUGAGCGGAUGCUAUAGCAUACGAGGAGGGUGAAGGGACCGUAUAGGGAAGGAGAAGAGCGACUGUAUAGG